GCUGAUUUCCUCAUUGCCAAAAGGAGGAAGACCUGCUCCCUCAGCUUGGACUGUAUAAUCCUGCUGCUUUCUGGCUACAAGUUCUGGUACUUCUCACGCUUUGCCAUUUGUUGACUUAACGAGAAAUUUGUUGAUCUUUCUGCUAGAUUUCUGUUAUGUUUGAGAGAGUUAAAUCAGCUCACGGAAGGAUCAAAUACCAGAACCAGCAGAAAGUAAGCACUAGAGGCAUGCAGUCAGAAGCAGGAGCUCUUCUCUGUUUCAGGCAGUGAGUGAGAAUAAUACAGUCAGCUCACUGCAUCUUAAGGAUUUGUAGCCUAAGAGCUCAUUUAGUCAUGUUCUGAAUGAGUGGGCAACUCUGAGUUUGACAGGCUGUGUAGAAGGGAGAGGAGACGUAUUUUGCUUAAGUCUGUUUCAACUAUUAGUCAUUUAAGAUGGCCUGGAAAGUAUUUAGAACAGUUUGAAGUAAUUUUAUCAAUUACUUCAUCAAAGAUGCUUCCAUUCUUCACAUGUAAGGAAGAAAUUUGAUAUAUAGAUAUCUCACCUCAUUUUUAAACAAAGGAAAUAUUUGUUGGUGCUCUUUCUCUUUUUGAUGAAGCGGGGAUGAUAAUGACUCUGUAAAUGGGGUGUGUAUUGCUUCAGAGGGAAAGGCUGGUUUGUGGUUAAGAUUUGUAUUUGUGAAGAGGACUUAAAACUCUAGAAUCAAGUGCCUUGGGUUCUGAUGCAACUGUCGGGAUUUGUGCAAAUCAUUUAUGAUUUCUGUUUCAGUUUCUUGUGUGUGAAGUAUGAGAAGCUUGUCUCACAAAAGUAAUUGUAAGGAUAAAUUUAGUAGUGAAUAUUGGGUACUCAGAGAGUGUGGCUAUGAGCUUACUGAAGAAAAACCAGUAAGUAAUCUUAAAGAGCACCUUUAUUAACCAUUUAUAUGUAGUUCUUUAUACAUAUUUAUUAAACCAACCCUUUUAAGAAACCACGUCAAGAUUUCACAAGUAAUCUAGGUAAUUUAAGUACAUACUCUUCCAAUUUAGUGAAAAGUGUAUUAAAUCACUAAGAUCCAUUUAAACAUCUCCACUGGGUGUUAAUGGACCUUUAAUUGCAUAGAAGUUGUGUGUGAUCAGUAGCUCAAAGAGGGCAAAGUUUGUUUUACAGUUUGUUAAAAGGAUCCUAUUUUUGCAGGCUAACAGUGAUAGCAGUACCUUAAGGUACUAAAAGGAUUUCACUUUAAUUUUUAAGACAUCAUGUCUGACCUUAAUCCUGUUGCUAUUAAUAGUAGAUAGUGAAUUUGUAUUCCUAUGAUUUUUUUGUUUCAUUUGAAACUUCUUUUAGGAAAAUAAUCAAUAUGAAAUAUAAAUAAUAGUAAAUACUUAGUGGCAAUGCAUGUUUUUCAUUGUGAUGUGUCAGAAUGAAAUAUGGAUAUAUAUGGCUAUAUAUUACGCUUCUUUAAUGAACUGAAGGAGAACAGAAGUGUUUACAUCUACUGUUGAUGGGCUAAGGAAUACAGAAAGAACUUUAAAUUUUGAACUUCAGUGGAAAAGCAGAUUUACUGAAGAAAGUAUGUUGAAAGGUUAAAAAACCAUGCACAUUUUGCACAUUCUUAGGCAAGAAAAGCACAAGAUGCACCUGUGGUGCACAGGGCGUUGGGAAGUGAUAGUCUGCCAAUGGGCUGACUAGAAAACACAUUAUUACACUUUAAGUGCCAAAAAGCAAGCAGUAUCAAUUGUGGAAAAAAAAUAUAAUUUCAAAAAUUUUACUGCUUUCAUCAUUUCAGUGUCUGUAAAGACAGGAUCUUAGAUCUUAAUGACUCUUUUGAAGUUGAUACUGUGUAAAAUCUGGUGAUUCAGACCAUAAAAUAAUACAACAUUCAGGGAGCUUUUAGUCACAAAAUUGUCUGUAGGAAUAGUAUUGAGUUUUAGUCUAUUUUCAGGUUAAGCUAGUGAAAGCUGCUUGAGGUCACAAAUAGUUUGGGGUUUUUUUUUAUUUCUGUUGUUUCAAAAUCCAUAAAGGAUUAUGAAUCCUCUAUCAUAAUAAAUAUUGAUUCUUCAGGAAAACCUGUCUACUUUUGAAAUUACAAGGUUAUUCCUUCAAAUUAUGCUGGCAGUGACCCUUGUGUAAUACUUUGUUUCCAAUAAGGUUAUGAAGAUUUAAUGACAAUAUAAUUUUCUGUGCAAGUGGAACUUAGCUACUUAGCUCUUUUAUUGAUGAUGCACAAAACCAGAUUACAGUUGAGCUCAUUUUUAUUAUGUAUUUGGUUCUGCAUGGCUGAUAGGAAUAAAAUUAAUUAAAGACUGUCAUUCAGUCAAGGGCAAAUGGUAGUGAAUAUACAGCAGAAAGAAAACCUUUCAUGACAUUUUUUGACCAAAACUGGGUUUUGAACUGAUUCUUUAAAGCUGAUGACAAACAACAAAAAGUAAUAUAAAAGGUGGUGAAACUCAUUUGAAAACAGAGCAAGUAAAAAAGUAAAAAGUUUUUUAAUAGAAUAUUUUCUGUUUGAAAUAUUAGAAUGUUCUCAGAAGCUCUCUGGAUUCUUUAAGGAUCUUGCUGUCUGGUACACACAGGUGUACCGUUUCCCUUUGUGUUUCAGACUGGAGAUUAGGACACCCAAGCUCAUAGUCACCCAAGCAGGGCACAGGACUGCUGUUUACCAUGCAGAUGCAAGGAGAAUCCAGUUAAAUACUUGGACUAAUACUUCCCAUUCCUGGGAUCAGAACAGAAUAAGACUUUGAACUAAUUUUGGGAAGUGGGGAGGAGUGUUUCUUUUCCUACCAGUUCAUUUUCUCAGCCUUCCAUAGAUGUGGUUCAGAUUGCUUCAGCAUGACAGGUGGGAAAUGUAUAAGCUGUAUUAAUAAAGAUUUAAGUUCUUGACUGUGGUAGUUAGUAGAACAUGCUGAGGAGAAAGAGUAUCUGACAAGAUUAAGCCUCCUAAUGAGGUUGUAUUUUUGCAGUGCUACACAUUAUCUCUUACAAAGAGGAGGAGCUCAGAUGAGAGGUGGAACAGUUACUAAAAGACGGGCUUAUAGUGGAGUAAGUGCAGCAUCCAUCAUCAUAAUUACCAAAAGUGAUGAGAAUUGAACCAUGGUGGUGUUACCGGGUAUGUGAUUAAAGGAUCCAGAUGGUCCUUUUGUAAAAAUAAUACUUGCUACCUGUAGCUUCGUAAGGGUCCCCAACAUGUUAAGCAUGUGGUAGACAGUUGGUAGAGAUUCCUUGAGAAACCUUAUCUUGUCAUCCUCCAAUUUUUUUAUUUGAAUUAUAUUGCUGAUAUUCCCUCUUUUGUUUAGGUUUGUUUUCCUGCUAAUUCUGUUCACAUGGUAUUUACACAAAGGUUUUCACUUCUGUUUGCCUUUCAUUUUUAUGAAGACUACAAAGGUCUUGUUGAAAUUGCUGUGGCAAAAUCUAUUCAGCUGGUGCUGGCAGAAGUAAUUCUAUACUUCACUUGUGCUUUCAAGUGUUUCAGUGGUAGCAACCAAUUAUUUCUAUCACCAAGUAGCUAGCUAAUGGUGGAGAGGUCAUUUGUCCUGGAAAGAGCUGAUCAAAUUGCUGUGCUUUCUUUGUAAUAUGUUUGAGGCUUAUUUUAUUGUAGGGGUUUUUUUCAACCCCUUUAAGCGUGCCCUGAGGAGAGUAUUAGAUGGUACAGAGUCAGCCACAGUUCACUGAAAAUACAAGAGUUUAACAAAAUGCACUGUUUACAGUUUUUCCUCGGGGCGGGGGGGGGGAAGAAGAGAAUGUUCAGAGGGCCUGGGUAGCUCCUCAUGAAAAAUGUCAACUUAAAUCCCAAUACCUAACACUGAAAGUCAACUGCUGCUUUCAGCCCACUUCAUUGGUAUCAUAUAGGAAAGAAACACACUUGAGGAAUUCUGCCUCUUUCAAUCUUAAAUGUAUAUUACAAAAAAAUCUGCAUGUUCUCCAUACGUUGUAGCUGUUUAUGCACCUUUUAAAUAUGAUGGACUGAACUUGCCUUCUGAAGCUCAUUAAGUGCCUUUAUAGCUUUGCAGUACCUUGUUAGCCUUUUUUAAUCUUUUGUACAUUGUUCAAAUUUGAUAGCCUUUUUUUAACUAGAUAAACUUCCACUUUCUCAGAUGUGCUUCUUUGUAAGAAGUGAUUACCACUAUAAAGACUGAAAUUUCUAACUUGAUUUAAGCACUGUUUGUUGGGUUUUUUUCUUUAAAUGGUGCUCACAUUGCCUACUCUUUUCUUCAUGUAUUUUUAAUACUUUACAUAUAGUUUGUGUUUACAUACUUUUACUGCCUAAUAAUUCUUUUAUGUUCCAAGUUAGGAAUUUGAAUAAGCAGGUGUUUCUGCAAUAACAACGUGUGUUACUGAGAAUAUUAAUACAGUUUAUCAACAGAAGUCCAAACCAUGAAAUGGGCUCUGCUGUGUUUGCAAUGUUUCUUUCGAAAGGAAGUUCAGUAUUUUUUCUCCAGCCAAUGCAAGGGGUAUUGGUCUCAGCUGUUGAACACAGCAUUAUGACUAUUCCACAUGAUGGCUGCAGACAGUAGAUGAUGAAAAGCUCCUAGCUUACACUGUAGGAAUGUACUUUUCACAUGUGUAUGGCCUUGUACUGCUGUAGCACUUCCAGGUAGUCUCCUCUGAGUGACCAUCAUCUGUGGCCUAAGUAUGCCAUAACAAGGAAUGCUUAAAAUGCAGUAGUUGGGAAAGGUCAUUAAGCUAACCAAACUGAAGCAAGGGUAAAUAAAUGAGACUUUAAACCAUAACCCUGAGAUCUGUGCAUGAACUUCCCUUAAUUUCUAAAUUUUAUAGGUUAAGUUUCAGAAUCAGUGCGUUAAAGAGGUAUUACAGGUUUUCUAGUCUGUAUAGGUUCUUAGACUAUAGGUUCUUAACACCUCAGUUCCUUAAAACCUUUCAGUAGUCAUGGAGCAAUCUGACUAAUUCUUAUGAUGUGAUCUCAACCUGUCUCCUGGGGAGGACUGUGGGCAGUGAAAUGUCUCGUUUUGGUAGAAAUUUUUCUGCUCCCACCCUAUCCACCCUCUGUGUAUUAUUCACGUUGCUAUCCAUUUUCCUUAAACAAUGCCAGGAUCAAGAAACUAAGUCAUGUAGUUAGUGUGAGACAGUGAGAUCUGUGAUAACCAUCAUUUCCAGGAGAGACUGAUUCCACAGUCAGCUGCACAGACACACGUUAGUGUGGCAAGAUAUAUGUAUUUUGGGUUUGGUUUUUUGGUUUGUUUUUUCCCUGGGCUCAUCAUCAAACUGAGAAUUUAAUUUAUUUAAAGUCUGCCUUAUGUUCUGAAGCAUUCUUUUUAUGAUCCUUCCAAGCAUUUCUUGUGACAGUAUAUUGGUCUAUAUGGAAAGCUGCUCUUUUUUUCCUGGUUUUUUCAGCAAUGCUACUUCAGCUGUGAGGUUGCUAGAGAGCAACAGAAGUCACAGAAUCUCUCUUUGGAAAUGAGAUGGUUGCCAUGGCAAUGCUCCUAGCUGCUUCUUGUCCCAGAUGAGAAAAUAAUUUUUAGACUUUUACAUUACAAGGUUAGGCUACAACGUUUUAAACUAAAUGGUAUAGCUAAUUGAUCCAAAUCAAAGAUCAAUACAUUGCUUGCUAAAAAUCUUUGGGCUAAUAAUCAGCUAACAUUGUUAAACCAAAUAUUUGUGCAGGUACUUAUCAAAUAUUUUUUGCUAUUUGUUUUUGAUCAGAUACUUGAGGUAAAACUGGUACAUUGAAGUGGAAACUAUUUUCAUCUUACUGAUUUUACUAAUUGUCUUUUUUGUAGUAGAAAUUAUCCUGAAACUGACUGAUAUCUAGAUAAGUUGUGUUUAAAAUAUGACUCUGAGUUUGAAUCAUAUUUUGCAAUAUGCCAAAUCUGGAUCAAACCUGAAAUGCUAGAUAUUUUUAAGGUUUAUUAUCUCUGAAGUCCAGGCAGUUGAUGAUGGAAGCAUUGGUUGUUUUGGUGGUCUCUAAUCAACCUCACUUUGAGCAGGAUUAUCACCAACACCAGUUCAGUCGUGCUGUGUCUAGCCAGUAUUAAAAACCUCCAAGCAUGGAGGUUUCCCAGUCCGUCUGGGAAAGCUGUUCCCAUGCUGCACUGCUCCUGGUGAGCAAGCUUUCCCAAGUGUCCAAUUUGAACCUCCCAAGUCACAGGUUGUGGUCAUUGCACCAUAUUACGGUUAGACUAUGUGAUUAAUCAUGAUAAACAGAAAAGCCUGGUGAGGAUCAGAUGAAUACUGACAGGCAGAGGAACCCUAGUUAACCUAAUCAGUGAAAAUUGGAAGACACAGACUUGACUGCUCCCAAGACUACCAAAGGAGAAUGAUUAGACUGUUGUCAAAACCAAAGAAACUCCCUCAGAACUCCUUGCAGAGUGAACUACUGCCUACAGGGGACUCUCUGUCGGUUGCAGGGGGAAGGGCACUUUGGAAUUGUUUAAAGGUUAUUAUGGGACUGUGAGAAUGUGUGAAACUUUCUAUGGAAUGUUUAGAGGAAGGACCAAAGGUUAGGAAAGGGAAGGAUCCAUGUGGCGGGGAGGAAGAAGCCUGGUUUGAUUUCUUUCUUGGCCAGUCUAUGCUGACUGCUUUUCAUCACCUUACCAUCCCCCGGUUUUUUUAGUUCUCUUAUUUUCUGAGUUUUGAAAUGUAGCUCACUGUUCUUUAUUUCUCUUAAUUUUUCCCCUUUUUAAAAGAUAGGCCUCUACUAUGCCCACUGAAGUUCUCUGGGAUGUCCGUGACUUCUAAAAGUCUGUGUUACAGUUCUGUAUUGCUGCAGGAGGACUGACUCGGAAGGAAGAUGCUGUUGACAAGCUCAGCGGGAUUUAUUCUGUUCCUGCUCUCUCAUUGCACUGUGUCAGUGAGCACCAAAGAGGCAGUGGUCUUGGCUAAUGCCCACCUUCUCCCCCAAAGAGGCUAUGAGAGACUGGGUAACACCAAUGAAAAAGACUACCCAAGGGAUUGUUUUGAGAUUUUUCAGCGCUCCAAAGGAAAUUCCAGAGAUGGUCUUUACAUCAUCCAACCAAAGGAGGACCCAAUUGUUGUCUCUUGUAACAUGCAGGAUGGUGGCUGGACAGUAAUCCAGCACAUUACAGCCAAUAGUACUGUCGACUUUGAUAGGACCUGGCAGGAUUACAAAUACGGAUUUGGCUCCGUUCUUGACAACCACUGGUUAGGAAAUGAAUAUAUGCAUCAGUUAACUAGCAGCUCUGUGCAAUAUAUACUUGGAGUUAAACUUGUAAACCUAAACGCUGAAAUCAAAUGGGGACAGUAUGAACCAUUCCUUAUUGAAGAUGAAGCGUCUCAAUACCGAAUCAGGGUUGGUCUAUACAAAGGCAAUGCCACUGAUGCUCUGACCCUGGACACAGAAGCUUAUCUCCAUGACAACCAGAAGUUCACCACCAAGGACAGAGACAAUGAUAAUUACUUUCAGAAUUGUGCUAAAUUGGAACACAAUGGCGUUCCUGGGGGAGGCUGGUGGUACGAUGCGUGUGCUGGAGCAAAUCUAAACCGUAGGAACGUGAUAUACUGGCAAAAGGACUGCAACAAGCAACGCAUGUGCAAGUUUGCAUGGAUGAUGAUCAAACCCAUUGACCACAGCCUGUCAUAUCCAACCAAGCCCUGUCUAUGUCAGAAAGUUGAACUGUAGAUAAGCCAUGUGUACUUUGACAGGAACAUGGAUUCUUUGUCCAGUGACUGAAGUGAACUCACACUCUCAUUGACUGAAUAAUCACACUAAGUAAUCAUGAUUGAAAAUUUAAUUUGGGCCUCUGCAAGGUCUUUAUGAUAGCAUAUCAUCCAGGACUGGACCAGGACAUAGACAUCUACCAACCACACAAGUGAGAAGUCACUGUCAGAAACUGAGGCCUCUACCAGAAGAUUUAAAUAAUUAAUUUUACAGUAUUUUAGCCAUAAGAGAAGUCAGGUAUGAAAUCCAGGAUAUGAUGUCUUGUACGAGAUACACAUGAAUAUACAUGCACUUCAGAAGGUUUUGCUCCAGUAUGAAUGUUCAUGGUUGAUCUCCUGUAAUUGCACAUCUUCACAUAUGCAGGAAGGAUAUUUCUGGUGAAGUACCUACAUUUACAAAAUACAUAUUGGAGAGUAUGGUGUACCAUAGGGCAGCAUCAGGCCUUUCCUUUUUACCUUUAGUGAAAGGUAUUUUAAAAUAUAAAAUUGGAAUUGGCCUCACCUCCCAUGGCUUCUUUUCCCCUUCAUUGACUCUUCUUUUUAUCUCUACUUUUUAAUGAUCCCAUACACAAUGAACUAUUCAGCAUGGGCUUUUCUUUUCUUUCUUCUUUUUAGAGCACUCAUAGCUAAUGGGAUCAUCAGCUUUCCCAUUUAAAGCUACUAAUCCAAAGCUUACAACUCCUCUGAAUUUUUCCCCAAGAAACUCAGUGAACACUUUUUUUAAAAGAUCAAAUUGAUUUCACAAUUGUUUACUUAUUGCUCCGUUUUUUUUUCUGAAUAUUACUCCAUUUAUAAUGUUUUGACUGUUGCUUCUCCCUGUUCCAUGAUGUGCUUCAGCUUUCUCUUUUUUUGAUACCACUGUGAGAAAAGAAGAGAGUGUUGGCUUUAUUUCACAUUUGCUAGCUUCAAUUGUUUUGGCACUCAACCUUGACAUUAUUUAAACAGUGCCUUUUUUCUGGUUAUAAAAUAAAGAGAGAAUCUUUAAAUUUCAUCAUAAAUUCAUGUGUUUUAAAAUAAUAAAUAAAAGGAUUUCAGUUUUGAUAACCCUGAAGACAUUGUUUUCUUUUACAGCUGUUUGGGUUACUUCACACAUUUCUAUAUCAUUGGAAUAGCUGAAUGACCACAGACAAGUUUUCAUUGUUGCAUUACACAAAAUGUCAGGAUAAUUAAUUAGAAUAUCUUUUAUGUUUUCUCAGAUAUUUCAGUUACAGAAACUUAACCAACAGAUACUGGCAAACUCUGCUUUUUAAUUUAAAAAUGGAAUCUCAUAAUGUGUAAGUACAUUCUCACAUACAAUAUCACAUUAAUCAACUCAGAAUUUAGCAGAAGGAAAAAUUCUUCCUAAAAAAGCAUCAACUGACAAAAUAAGAGAGUCUGAUGACCUCUUUCUAGCAAAAACACUGUUUUAUUAUUAUUUGUCUUUAAAAAUCAUUCAGGUUUUAUAUGAGAAAGUGCUUGCUUUUGUUUCUGAUUUUCGUAUGUGUAACCUAAACAAUAAAUUUCCAGACUUUCACAUAACCUUUAUUCAUGUGUUAACCAUAGGUUUAAAAGUAUGACAAAGUGCUUUUAGGACCAAGCAUUGAAUACUGUGCAUUAAUAAAUUAGCAACAUUA